AUGGAACCUCGAGCGCGAGCCGGCAAAAAUGUCGGGAAGAUGAACUUCAGCUUUCAAGAGCUGACCCAGUUCCUCGUCGCCCACGGCGACUCGCGACAGCCCUUACCCGAGACGAUCCGCGUCCUUGACGAGAUCCUCACCGAGUUCAUACAGGGCGUGUCCUUCGAGGCCACGCGCGUGGCACAGCUCGCCGGCCGCCAGAAGGUCAAGUACGAGGACUUCCAGUUCGCCAUGCGCAAGAAUCCCGUCUUCCUGGGCAAGGCCGCGGAGAACAAGGAGCUGCGCGAGAUCAUCGAGAAGCAGCGCAAGGUCUUCAACGAGGACGAGAUGAUCAAGGAGGACCUCGGCGACGGCGCAGGCGGCCCGGCCGCGGGGAGCAGCGGGCCCGGCAGGGGCCGGAAGCGUGCCGCGCCCAACGGCGCCGAGGGCAGCCAGGCCAACGGCACGGGCGAGAACGCCGCUCGCGCCAACGGCGUUGACGAUGAGGAGCUGGGCGAGAUGGACGAUGUGGACGACACGGAGCUCGUUGGCGCUGGCAACCGCAGGGCUUAG